UUGCUUUAGGUCCCGUUAGUCGUUACCAGCCACCAGGCCAUAAAAUCCAAAAAAAAAAACAAAUGAACUUGCUUUGAAGCGAAACAGCAGAGUGCACGAUAUUUAUGAGUAAAUUUUAAAUAGUCACUAGAUAAAACAUAAUUGGUUAAAUAUUAUAAAAAAAAUACAGUGAUUUAAUACUAACGCAAUAAUUCGUGUAACUGCGUGUAUUUAUUAAAUAAUAAAUUAGACACGAGGAAAACUUCUCUAGAAAAACUAAUGUUUCCUAGUCUGAAAGAGCAUUGAAUUUUCAAGAAAUGUGACUAAUUUCAUAAAAUUAUCAUUUAGGUAUUCGUACGAUAAAUAUAUAUCGACAACAUAAUAAUAGUAAACCAUGAUUCUUCGAUGUGCUUUAUUGUGUUUGAUCUCACAAAUUGCUAACACUAAUGUUGUAAAGACGUAUUUAAGCGAUGCUUAUCUUGACGUUUACAAGAAUACCGUACACACCGGUACAAUACAGAAACGUGACCUUCAGAAUCUACCGCCAACGCAUCUUGAAACACAGCUGCCUAGUAAGAAUGAAGCCAAAGCACCACUGAACUCUGAUCAAAGUAUAUUAGAUGUAGCAUUAAGUGAAGGAGGCAUUGUCAAACCAGAGAUACCAGUAUCUCCACAACCUGCAGACUCAUCCAGUGCAAAUGAACAGUCAAACAAGCAGAAUCAAAAUACAACCACUGUUGAAAUCACUAAAGUACCUCCAACUAAAGGGAAUGAAACAAAAAUUACACCAAUGCCUAAAGUAAAUGAAAGUGAAAAGAGUGUGGCCAAUAAUGAUACAGUUGCAGAAACAGAUACAGUAGAUUUGAACAGUCCCGGAGUUGUGAAGAGAGCAUUAAUUGUGUUCGGGGGCUUAACUCUACUAGCUGUUGCAUACUUUAUAUUUUACAGAAAUAAACAUAAGAAGUUUGAUGCUGGUAAUACACAUAAUACCAAUGACUCAAAUCAAUUCCGUUAUGGAGUUCUCAAUUCGGAGGACAGACGGGAAAAUUUAGAGCUCUCACGGAUACCACUUACAAUGGAAUCUGAUGAUGAUGACGAUGAAGACCUAGAAAUAUUUGAUUUGGGGCAGAAGAGGAAAUCCAUAUCCUAUAGCAAUCUUCCUGGGCAUGAUGAAGAAAUCGUCCUCCGGUCAUCAAAAGAUGAAUCGAAGAACAAUCUCCUGCUUGAUAUUGAAGAUGGUCCUUCAGAUACUUUAAUUAAUUGGUCAAGUAGCGAGAUACAAUUAAAGAAGGAUGGCGAAAAUGGACCCACGUAAUUUAAAAAUUGAGGAAUCAUUGUACAAGUACAAGUUAAUACGAUGUUUAUACAAAAAUUAUUCAGGCGCUAAGAUAUGAAAGUCAAAAGAAAUAAAUUAUUAUUAUUUAUCACGGAAAUUAUAAAAUAAAAACUCUUUAUAAUGGAACAUUUUGGGCAUCUGACAUCUACAUUUUUUUGACAUGACCGUUGUUUUUUUAUAUGGAUGUUCCGACACUAUCAAACUAUCUAUACCAACUCAAAUCAGUUAUUCAGUAGUAAUUCAAAAUAAGAUUCAAUUAGGUUAUUAUCAUUGUUUGAUACUAAAAACAGUACAUAAGUAUCUUUAAAAGAUUCGAUACCAGCUUCAAAAAAGAAUGUUUUGUGAAUCCUAAUUAUUAGCUGCUGGCCAACCUUACACAUGUAUAUUAUAUUAUCUUUUAGCAGACAGUAAUUAGGCAUAGACAUUAGAUACAAAUUAUUAAUUGAACAAUAGAUAUUGAUUAAUAAUUUUACUUUUAGGUUUAUCUUUUGUGUCCCACUUAUUUAGACUUACUUACGUUUUGCUUUUUUCUUAGUUAUGUUACGUUCUAAAAUCUAUAUAUAUAAAAAUAAAUUGCUGUUCGUUAGUCUCGCUAAAACUCGAGAACGGCUGGACCGAUUUGGCUAAUUUUGGUCUUGAAUUAUUUGUGGAAGUCCAGAGAAGGUUUAAAAGGUUGAAUAAAUAUGAAAAUACUCGGAAUUAAAUAAAAAAAAACAAUUUUGAUUUUCCUUUGAUGUAUACAGAAAUCGAAUAAAAAUAAUAGUUUAAAAUGAAUAACUACUUAGAAUUUUUAUAUCUUUCUAACAUUCUCAGGAGGUAAAAAUAAACUUCCUUAAAACACUUAAAAAAGGAUUCCAUUCAAAAAUUAGUUCCUUUAUCGAUUGAGGCAGUACGAAGUAUGCCGGGUCAGCUAGUUAUUAAUAAAUUUCCAUGAAGUACGCCAAUUCUUUCAGUUGGUCCCAAAAUACAUGCAUUCUCGCCAUCCUCCUUUAACACAAAUACCAGAUGCCAAUUAUUGUAUCAUAUUAAUAAUUUAUUUUUCUUGCUGUGAAAUGAAUUUCCUAAUAAUAUUAAACAUCUAAGAAGAAUACACAUUAUGUUGUAAAAUAAUUACUAUUUGUUUGCUAAGUAAAAUUUAUUUUUCUACACAAAAUAGCUAUAAAUCCGUUCAUUUCCUGACUGGAAUUGGUUUUAUGGAACCAAUAUGUUAGUAGCAACCAAGUGAAAUAGGUCAAUAAGAUAUCAGAAAGCUUGCAUCAAAGUUGCAUUUACUGUUUAAUAUAUUGACACAUAUGGUUCGGGGCCAUCCAUAAAAUAUGUCACAAUUUAAGGCUGGAGGGGGCUAUUGUAAUGUGACGUUGUGUGACACAGAACAGGGGGCUUUGAAAUGUCACAAGGUAAAACCUUAAAUAAUAAAAAGAAUAAAGUUAUAUGUAGAGCAAAUCUUAAAUAAAUACUAUUAAUUUGAUCUUUAUUUACAAGGCUUAUGUAGGUUUAAGUCAUCGGUGAGAGGCUGCCUGCUGCCCAAUCUAUAGAAAUUUGGAAAAUAGCUAUUAGGAGGGGGUCAAAAAACCAUAAAAACUUUUUGUGAUGUAAUUUAUGGAUGAACCCUUUAAAGAUUCUGUGCAUAUUUAAUGUACUAUUAGAUUUAUUAAUUGAUUUGACUGUCACUACCUACUUUAAUUAAUCUUUAUUUAUAUUAAUAUAUUUAUGAUUUAUUUAUUAGCUAUCUCCUAAAAUUUUAUGACUUAUAUUAAUCUCCAAGUAAUUGUAAGUUAAUAAAAAUACCGUUGCUGCUAGACAACCGAUGAAAACAGGCCAGAUUUAUUACUUUAGUGUAUGUGACAAGCUAUGUCUUAAUUGUUUUGUGUGCAUUGGUCAAAAUAGAGGUUAUCUGUCAACCUCAAUUUUUUUCACAGUCAUAAAAUAUAUAUAAAUUGCCAUUUAUGUAAUUAUUAUUAAUAUACACAUAUUGUGUAGACCUUCAUAUUGUUCAAUAUGAAUUCAUAAAAAGUAAAAUCUUACCCCCUUAUUCAUAAUAGUCUGCUAACUUUAAAUAGCAUUGCUAAUUCCCACUCUGCCUAUUGACCUAUGGCAGAAUGAGAAAAAACACUCCUUAGCGGCUGUUUACUUAGCGGACCAUUAUGAAUAAGGGGGUUAGGGUAUAAUAAUUAUUGUGAUGAUCGAAUGAAAUGAAGGUGAACCAGUAAUUACUUUUCAAUCUGGAAGUUCUAUUACUUUGAUUUAUACUCCACAACCUCAACUGGUUUUAUAAAAACCUAAAGAUAGUUUUUAUUUCGAUUUGGACCCAUAAUAAUUCCAAUAUUUGUUUUGAAUGGAUAUAAUAUUUUCUAUGAGAGAAUUUAUUGACACAUCGUUUGACAGUUCUGCUGUGAAACAAUUUAAUUAUAAUUUAUAUCAAUACUAGUGGACCCGACAGACGUUGUCCUGUACACACGUCUGAAAUUUGAAAAAUCGGUCCAUCCGUUAGGAGGAGUUCACCAACAUACACAUGAGCAGGAGAAUUAUAUAAUAUGGACGGAAUUGAGAAUCUAAACCAAUCUCAAAUUCACUGAAACAAACAAAAAAAUCAUCAAAAUCGGUCAAGCCCUUUAAGAGGUAGUUUAAUUGUGAAUCUAAACCAUCCUCGAAUCCACCUGAAGACACACAGAAAGUUUCAUCAACAUCGGACCAGCCGUCUAGGAGGAGUUCAGUGACAUACACACGCACACAAGAAAUAUAUAUAUAAAGAUAGGGAGAGUAUUUUACGAAAUAAUAUAGUAUGAAAUAUUAUUGACAAAUUCAUAAAAAAAACAUUAUUUUAUUUAGUAAGUACAGAACAAUGUCUGUCGCUAGUAGAUAAAAUAAAUUAUUCAAUAUGAAUUCAGCUUAUAUUCUUGAAAGGUAAGUUGACUUGAUAAAUAAUUUACCUAAUUUUAAUUCCUCAAUGAGCUUAUUUAAUAUUCUGUGGCGUUCUGUGCGUCGAAAACAAUAGCGGUGAACAGUUAGCCUCUAUUUUCAGUAACAUAUGCACAAUAAAACUAGCUGGCAUGCACACCAAAGUAAUAAAUCUGGCCUGUUUUUAUCGGAUGCUUUAGCAGGAGGCUCUAUCGAGACGUUAUAAAUUAUCUAACUUAAUUGGUUGUAAUAACAAUAUUUAAAUACCAGUGGGAGGCUCAUUUGCACAGUAAGCCGGCUAGAUUAUGGGUACCACAACGGCGCCUAUUUCUGCCGUGAAGCAGUAAUGUGUAAACAUUACUGUGUUUCGGUCUGAAGGGCGCCGUAGCUAGUGAAAUUACUGGGCAAAUGAGAUUUAACAUCUUAUGUCUCAAGGUGACGAGCGCAAUAAUUGUGCCCAAAUUCAAAAAAAUUCUGAGCGGCAUUGCAUUGUAAUGGGCAGGGCGUACCAAUUACCAUCAGCUGAACGUCCUGCUCAUCUCGUCCCUUAUUUUCAUAAAAAAAAUACCAGUUGUAUCAAAUGUUUUCAACAAUAGUUGUAAGUUUCCAUAGCUUUUAAUAUGUCUUGUGUUGUUUUAUUAUGUUAUUACACUGUAAUAUGAUUGUAAAUUUAUGUAAUGAGAUAUGUAAUGAUUCACAAUAUUGUGUUUCAAGUAAUUGUUAUAAAUGAAACAUAACCUAGAUUUAGGUAUCAUAUUAUACGGUUUUACUUAAACAGAGCAGUUUCCUAUCAUAAAUGAUUGUGGGUAUUCUUUUCCUUAUUAUAAACUUAUGGAGCUGUGUAAGCCUUGUGACAUUGAAUUCAGGCAUUUAUUAGAGAUAAUUUACCAGUGGGAGGCUCCUUUGCACAGGAUGCCGGCUAGAUUAUGGGUACCACAACGGCGCCUAUUUCUGCCGUGUAGCAAUAAUUAUUGUUUUGGUUUGAAGGGCGUCGUAGCUAGUGAUAUUACUGGGCUGAUUAAAUGAGACUUAACAUCUUGUCAAGGUGACAGCGCAAUUGUAGUGCCGCUCAGAGUUUUUUGGUUAUUCUGAGCGGCACUGCAUUUUAAUGGGCAGGGCGUAUCAAUUACCGUCUGCUGAUCGUCCUACUCGUUUCGUCCCUUAUUGCCAUAAAAAAAGAUAAAUUUUUAAAUUUCAUUCCACUAUUAUAAUGUAAAUUGUUCUUGCAGUGAGAAUCUAUUGGACAGAUACUUUUCUAUUUGAAAUUGAUGAUACUAUUAAUAUAAUAAAGUUAUAAUUAUUAAUUAUAGUCAAAUGUUAUAUUAAUUGCGACACUUACGGCCGUUCCCAAUAUACUAUCUACAGAUAGAGAUAAAUUACUACCUUCUACUGUCAGUUGUCAAUAAUCGGAAGCUGUCCCAAUAUACCCGAUAAGUCAUUCUUAUCGCCUUAUACUGGGACGCGUGAAUUGAAAUGUCCAUACAAACUACUAUCGCUGGUAAGCUAUACGUCCGCGACGUCCCAUUGACAGACAGCGUGUACGGAUAAGGUGAGUUACCGUCGAUAAGUUUAUUGGGACAGAAAAGUCAACGAUAAUUUCGAUUUUUAUCUCAAGAGAUAGACUGAAUAUUGGGAACGGCCGUUAUUGUAUACCAAUAUAUUUUUAAUUCUCGUAUUUAAGAAAGUUAAGUCAAACAAUAAUUAAUACUGACCCAGUUGAUUGGAUAUAUUUUAUUUUAGUUUUAACACUUGUGGCCUAAAUAGCAAUGCUUUAUCACGUUAUAUACGUUAAAAUAACCUUCAAUAUUUUCCUGUAGCUAUAGCCUAAAGUAGCUUUAUCUCUUGAUAACUCUAAAAACAUUUAACUGGAUUAAUUAAUGUUGUUAAUUUUGGUGUGGGAUAGUAUCAAAAUAAGAAGUCACUUUCAAUUUAAAAAGGUAAAAGUAACUUUAAGGACAUUGCAAAAUUGCAUUAUUAUUUAUUUUGACAAUUUACAAAUAACCUUUAGUACAGUGACUUUGAAUUUUUUUUACCAACAUAAGCUAAACGUAGGCUUACUUACCUAUACGAUUAUAGAUCUCUGGAGAAUAAUUUUAUAAUCUAAAUAGUUUGUUAUUUUUAAGUGAUAUCUCUCUCUUCUGGGAUUUAAUAUACAUAUUAAAUUUGUACCGAAAUUAAUGGACGAUGCGGGACUAGAACCCGCGAGCUCCAUCCGAGCGCUCUUACCAAUUGACCCAACCGUCCGAGUGAUGCUUGUCCAUAAAUUUUGGUAAAAAUUUAAUAUCAUAAUAUUUGCACCAAUAUCUCCUCUCAUGCUCCGAAGUAUUGAGUUCGAGAGUCGGGAUAUGAGAUAUUUUUCGCUUUCUGUGUGACAGGCAGUUUGGCCCUGGUUCGGGAUGUGUUUCUUUGAUUCCGUAUAUCCUAUCUUUAUGUUCGUCUUGGAAUCUCGACUCUAAAGCAAUUGUCAAACAUAAAUUCUAACCGAACUGAACUGAAAGCAUGGAGAAUGCGAACCGAAGCGGAGACGUCAAACUACAAAGUAGGCAAAGCGAACCGAAAGCGAAGCAUUGCAGGACGAAACUCGUGUCAAAGUUUUGUAAAUAAACACAACCGUAGCGCUUCGGUCUCUCUUCGCGUCUCGCAUUCGCUCUCUGUUUGACGUCGUUCAUACAAAGCAAGCUCAAAUCAAAUCAAAAAUAUAUUUAUUUCAUAGGUAAAUCAUAUUACACUUGAAAUAUGUAAUUUUUUUUUAUACAGCUCAUUUGGAAGGCAGAUAUCCUCAGAGGAGAAUGAGCAAGAAACUCUAAACUUCAAAAGAGAUUAGGUGUUACAAUUUCUUAUUUUUAAUGCAAUUUACAAAUCAUUUCAAUUUAAAUAUAUACAAAAUGACGCAACAAAAAUAAUUAAGCGUCAAAAUAUUAAAAAAAAUAAUUUAACUUUAACAUAAUAACUUUAAAUUUAACAAGUAAGUCUUAAAAAGAGGGAAUUAAUAAUUAUAAACACACAAGGUGUUGAGUACAGUAGAUGCAUCAAGCCACACAUACCGUAAAUAAAUAAAGACAUUAUGCGAGCAUUUUAUUAAAUAAAAUAUAUAAUAAUAACUUUAAUUUUAAGAUUUAAUAAAAAAAAAACAUGAAGCAGUCCUCCCGGUAAGAAGAUCAUCCAGCCACGUAUUAGCUAUACAACUAUCUCGCUCACGCCUCUCUUCGCGCUUGUCUUUUUUUGUCUUGGUUUCUCCUGGCGUGACACGAAUUUCGGUUCGCCACGUAUUCGGUUUGCUUUCGCUUUUCUAUAUGACUAGAUUCAAAAGAUACAAACAAAAUUAAACGUUUCGCCACGCUUUCGGUUCGCUGUCUGCUUGAUAAUAGCUUUAGGCUUUUGGUUUUCAUAGUUGCGUGGUUUGGGGCCAAUACUUUUCGAUACCAAGUAUAUUUUUCAUUAGAAUUGAACAAACUAGUUAUCAAUUACUACAGAAUAUAUACAAACCUACAUAGUUAACAUUUAAUUAGGAAAUUGAUUUAUUAAUAUUAAAUAAAUUACUGAUGGAUAUCGGAUGAAGAAAGUUUUGUGCGUUUUAUGAGACGGAAAAGAGGUGUUUCACAGUCUAUUUCUAUCUAGGAAUAUGUUCAUAUAAGUGAAGCUUAAUUCAUAUUAAUAAAAAAACUUGAUUAUAACUAUAAUUAUAAGCAUAUACCGGGCUUUCUAAUUUAUUAAUAUAUAUGAUGUAAAUUGUUUCACUGACAACUUCUUUGCUUCAUAGGCCCUAAUAAUAUCUAAUAUAUAUAUUCUAUUAAAUGUAAUAUUAAGAUCAUUGACAUACAAUAAAGAACUAUACUAACAAUUACGCUCAAAAAUUGUCUGUAGCAAAACUGCCUACGCGUCUUAGGCAGAGUUUUCGUUCAGUUGUGUUUCGACCGCGCUUUGAAUAUAGCGCCGCGCAAUGAUAGUGUUAAGUGAAAAAACUGUCCAAGUAACAAUUCAGGUAAGUGCCUCUUUAAAUUGACAAAAUUGUAUCUAAUUUCACUAGUUUACUACAUUAAAUAAUUACAUUUAAAUAUGAAUGUUUGUUUCCGAGUCAUGGAUGUUUAUUUGUAUUUAUGUAUGUUUAAGUUUAUAUUGUAUUAAAUAUAUCGUUGUCUUGUACCCAUAGUACAGGCUAUGCCUAGUCUGGGGCAAGAUAAUUUGUGUAAGAGUGUGUCAAUAUUAUUAUUAUUACAUUUCAACUGCUAAAACAAAAUUUUCUUGGCUCCUUUUAAUAGGCGAUUGGGAGCCUAGUUGUCUAUUGUAUUUUAAUGGUUAAGAUAUAUUUGAUUGUUUUGCCUAAAGCAUGUUUUCUAUCAUAGCAUAAGCUUUUCGUCUGUGAUAGUAGAUGAUAGAGUCUGCGUUUAUUGUACAAAAGUAUAUAAUUUCAUAACACAAUGUUCUACUUUGGCAUGUUCGAAUAUGUUCUCGCGACGUAGAUUCUCUUUCCUAAUCUUUAUAAUAAUACUAUUUAGUAGGAAUUAAGGCUGUUUUUAAAUAAAUAAAUAAAUAUAUAUUUUAUAA